UACAUAAAAGUUUUAAGUACGAAAGAAUGUUUCGCAAAAGUUUGGUGACUAUUUUAUUAAUUUUUGUAAUUGGAAGUGUGGAAGUUAACAGUAAAAUUAUAGCAGAAUGUGGAAAUCAAUCCGGUUUUAUUCCCAAUCCUGAUGAAAAUUGUGAAUAUACAUGGAUAAAUUGUGACGGUGAAAAUUCACAAUAUUGUAAUACGGAAUGCGAAGACUCAUUCGAUUGUAAUCAAGGAGUAACAACAUCAAAUCCAACAACUGUUACCGCAACAACUGUUGCUGCUACAACUGUUGCUGCUACAACUGUUACUGCUACAACUGUUACUGCUACAACUGUAACUCCUACAACACCUAUACUAACUCAGAGUACAACAAAUAUCCCUACAAUAGUAACCGAACCCACAACAACAACAACAUUGAUAUCAACAACUACAGUUUUUAAUGUUAGAGAUGAAUGCCAGCCUGGAGUUGAUGAUACUUACCCAUAUUUAGAUAACACAAAUUAUUAUUAUAGAUGCCUAAAUGGAUAUUUGCUUAUAUAUCAAUGUCCAAUCGGAUAUAAUUACGAUCCUAUUUUGAAAUCUUGUAGAAAAAGUUAAUAUGUAAUAAACUGU